AUGAAUAGAUAAAUUGAAGAAAGUUCCGAGAACUAAAUCAAAUAUGUUACCAAGGAUGAAGACGAAAAGAAAUUUAAAUUGCUUAAACUGCUUUUUAGAUCCUAAUUCAAAUAAUCUUACAAAUAUAUUGGUAUUUUCUUUUUCUUGACAUCAGGUUUUUACCUACUUUUUAGUUUCGGAAAAUAUCUUGCUUGCUUUUACAGUUUAUAGUAGAGGGAUAAAAAGUGCGAGGUCAAUCCUUUGGUUGUAUGGUUAACAAUUGUGGGCAUGUAUGAAUUUUUCAAUUCCAUUCGGUAUUUCAAUAAUCAUAAGGUAGUUACUUAGCAGUGUUAUAUUCAUUGCAGAUGAACUCUAAGGAUAUUUUCCUAUUGGUUUUGGCUGAUAUGUUAACAAAAACAUCAGACGAAUCAAUGAAUCUAAGUGGCAUGCAAGAAAGGAAUAGGUAAUAAUUAAAUAUAUCCAAGACGAGCAUAAAUCAAAACUCUCAUCAAGAUGAAAUUAUCCACUCGAGAAAUCUCAGAGGAAGAAUUAAAUGCUGAACCACCAUUCACUUAAUACGAGAUUAUCCAUUAGGCUGAAGUUCUCAACAAAUAUACGAGAAUCAUGAAGGUGUAUAACCAAUUCGUUUACUAUAUGAUCUUCACAGGAGGAAAUGUAGCCUAUUUCUAAUCAGAUUCUAAUGAUUGCGAUGAUAGUAAUUAACCCACAUUAAUCUAUUAGAUUUAAACAAUGUAACCUUUUUACUUUUAUUAAUUGGCUACUUAUUUUCAGCAUUUCUCAUUAUUGGCUUUGGACUAGCUGUUAUUUCGAUGGCUUUCUACAUGCCCAUAAUACUCUUCUUAUUCAUCUACAAAUCCACUCGCAAUAUUGUCCAAAAAAUACAAACCAAAGUAUUGUUGUUAAUAGAUUAUCUUAGAAUAAAAUAUAGAAAAUGCGCGUAUUUCAUUAUCAUAAUUCUAUGGAAAUUUCUAUUUCAUAAUGCAACAUUUGUAUGUGUGAUUACGUUGAAAAUGAUAAAAUUAUAUAGUUACCAUGCAGCUAUAUGUAAAUCUAUAUUUUAACAUAGGCAUCACUUCCAUGAUCAUUGUCUCUAACAAUGGAUAAUAAUUAAAUAACAAUGUCCCGUUUGUCGUAAAUUAAUUUGA